UGCUAUCUUAAUUCCCCCACUAGCCUUGUCGCAGUUUCUCGUCCGGUUUUCCACAGUACAUCGACAGCGCACCUCUUCCUUCCCGUCUCCCGCCGUCGCAGCAUGCAGCAACCAUGAGCGGACAAGCAGCCAGCUACUACAACACCGAGCAGCGCUUUGACGGCCCUGCGCCUCAGCAGCAGCAGCAGUACUACAACAAUGGCUACCCCCAAGGCCCCGAGUCCCAGCCCUACCCUCCCAGUGGAGGACACGGCUACCAGCGCGGCCCCGAGCCCAAACCGCCGCAAGAACCGCCGCGAGAACCGCCGCAAGAACCGCCACCAACCUACAACCAAGCCGUCUACGGCUUCGACGACGCGUUCAAGGUCGAGAAACCCAAAUGGAAUGACCUGUGGGCUGGUCUAUUACUCAUCGCCGUCUUCCUAGGCUACGUCGCGGUCUCCGGCGUGGUGAUCUACCGGUACAGCAAAUACCACACCCUGAACGGCGGGGGCAUCUACGGCGCGGCGAACGACUUCUCGCUGAACACGAACACGGUGAUCCUGCUGGUAUUCGUGCUGGCGGUGGCGCUGGUGCUGUCGUACGCGUACUGGCUGGGGGCGCGCACGUUCCCGAAGCUCUUCAUCUGGGUCACGGGGAUCCUGAACGUGGUCUUCGCGCUGGCGACGGCGAUCUACUACCUGACGCAGCGGCAGUGGGGUGGGGGCAUCGUGUUUUUGAUCUUUGGGGUGUUCGCGAUCGUGUGCUUCAUCAGCUGGAUCCCGCGGAUCCCGUUCACGGCGUUCAUGAUGCAGACGGCCAUCGAUGUGUCGCGGCGCUAUGGGCAUAUGUUUCUGGUCAGUACGGUGGGCGGGUUGGUUUCCGUGGCGUUCGGGGCGUGGUUCUCUGUGACGCUCGUGUCGAUCUAUGUGGCGUAUGAGCCCGGGGGCGAGGGCGACAGCGUCAACCCCGCGUGCCGCGACGGGGGCGGCGGGUGCAGUCGCGCCCGCGUCAUCGGGCUGGUCGUGUACGUGACGUUCGCGAUGUACUGGUUCAGCGAGUGGCUGAAGAACACGGUGCACACGACGAUCGCGGGGGUGUACGGGUCGUGGUAUUUCUGCAGCGGCACGGCGCAGGGCAUGCCGGCGGGGGCGACGCGGGGCGCGCUGCGGCGGGCGACGACCUACUCGUUCGGCAGUAUUAGCUUUGGGAGUCUGAUCAUCGCGCUGAUCAACAUGCUGCGGCAGGCGUGCAGCGUGGCGCAGCGGCACGAGGCAGCGCAGGGCAGUCUGGUCGGCAGCGUUGCGUUCUGGGUGCUCGGGUGUUUCAUCUCUCUGUUGGACUGGCUGGUCACCUUCUUCAACCGCUACGCCUUCUGUCAUAUCGCGCUGUACGGAAAAGCGUACCUCCCCGCCGCGCGCGACACGUGGACCAUGAUGAAGGACCGCGGCGUCGACGCCCUGGCCGCCGACUGUCUGAUCGGCCCGGUGCUGACCAUGGGGUCCGUGUUCGUGAGCUACGUGUGCGCCCUGCUUGCGUAUUUGUAUCUGCGGUACACGCAUCCGGCCUACAACCAAGACGGGGAUUUUACGGCGGUGAUAAUGGCGUUUGCGUUUGUGAUUGGCUUGCAGAUUUGCCAGAUCUUCAUGACGCCGAUGAGCAGUGGUAUUGAGACGAUUUUUGCCGCCAUGGCGUGGGAUCCGCAGGUCAUGAUCGAGCAGCAUCCGGAUCUGUAUCAGCGGUUGGUGCAGUUGUAUCCGCGGGUGCAGCAGGCGAUUCAUGCGUGAGCCGGGGGGGGUUGCCCGGGAGGGGGCAUUACGGUUGGUGUAUGAGUAACUUUUGUAGUGUGUUUGAGUAGACUUGUGUCUUUCGAGUCUAGAUCUUGUGAUACCUGACUGCACGUGUAUACUAGUGUCUAUGCGAGCCCGUUAGGGCUAAUGCGAAGUUAAUGUAAAUGUAAUGUUUAAUCCAAAAAGCAC